AUUAGAAUCUCGUACGCCAGCACCACGCAGGUGCAUCUGACUCUUGGAGACUCUGACUUCAUGCUGGUGGAAGAGUUGGAGUGCAACAAGAAGCCCUGGGACACGCUUCCGGUUGAGGACCUAGUCCGCCAAGACAACGCGGAUCUCUCCAAAAUCUUAGAAGUGGAAAUCAACAACCAAUUCCUCAAAGACGGUCUUCGCAUCAUCAUACCACCAGAUUUGGACUCCGACACCGGUACCACGGACCACCUAACCCUCAAGAAGAUUUACAGUGACCUCUACUCCAAAAGGGACGCCAUUUUGAAAACCGUCAACCCUAUAUAUCUAUACGGGGUAGACAGAAUGGGGAAGAAUGUCUUCAACGAUCACAUCACCAACACCCUGAUAAUAUCCAGGAGUGAGGAGGAUUUUUGGAGUACGUUCAAUCUGUACUCUAUGAUGAAAGUUGAUGAUGAUAAGGGUGAUAAGUGUGAGGUGGUGAUGGAAAAGGAUGGGAAGGGGAGGAGGGAGCCGGCUGUGUUUAACGGAGAGAACUGCCUCGAUCUCCACCAGAUCAAAGAGAUCAACCCCAACGCGCAGGUGUUGUUCGCUUUGUUCUCCGACAGCGUUGCCAUGGAAACGGAUGAGGGCACCUCGGAGGAGAGAGUGCGCAUCGGCACAGACUCUACUGAAUCUUCGGAAGGCAACAAGCCUGAGAGUGAUCAAGGGUUGAUACAGGAUGGGUUGUUGAGACGCGCCGCCGACUCGCCGGAGCAGAGGUCCCGCGAGGGCCGGCGGCGGUACGAGGAGCAGGUCGCGUUCCUCAACGAGCUGCUCGACCAGUGGGAGUUGAUGUCAACACCACCACAAAAGCAUCAAGCCAAAUCUCAAUGGGUGAUCCUGAACGACAGAGAGAUGAUGCGCUCAGCUGAACUGAAGUACUCCCACGCCGACAAGGAGAAGGAUGGGGAGAAGACAAUCAGGAGCAGGUCCCUGUUGCUGAACACCGUGGUGAAGUUCGCGUAUGACUGCCUCCAAGGAUACCUGUUUGAGUACUGUACUAGGUUGAGUGAGGUCCACGUGAAGUUACUGCAGCAGAUAAUCCUGGCGUCGUUCGACAUGGCGCGUGAGCUCCAGGUGGUGCCCAAGAAGAUCCAGUACGUCGCCAGACAGGAACAACAGCUGUAUGAGACAAUCAACGAGAAAUUCACAGAAGGAGACAAGAAGCAAGAGUUGCUGCAGAUCAUGCAGGAAGUGCUGCUGGAGAUGAGGUCUGAGGUCAACAAUAUGGACUGGAGUGUAGACGAUCUCCCGUGGCACCAGGACCGUCGCUUCGUGAUAUCGAACUCUGUGUUCUACUCGCGCUCGGGCGCCUCCCCCGCGCCCCGGCACCCGCCCGAGCGGGGCCGCGGCGCGGGCGCUGACGCGGCGCGCGACGCCUCCGACGGCGAGGACGCGCUCGGCGCCGACGCCUGCAACAUCGACGACUACGACAUCAUCGCCGAUAAUGACGAUAGCUUGCUGGAGUCAUAUCCUACAUCCCGCCCAGACGACGACCUGAUCUCGUUCCCGUACAACGACAUCCACGUGGAGAACGAGUCGGGGUCGUUCUCGCUGUCGAGCGGCACGCUGUGGGGCGCGAGCGGCGCCACGGCGGGCACGGGCAGCACGGCGGGCUCCGGCCUCACGUCCUGCACCAACAGCGUCAACAUCUCCGUCAAGCAGGCCUCGCUCGAUGUGCAGCAGACGGUUCUCUCAAAAUUAAGUCGCAAAAUAAGCUUAAGACUAGUCAAGUUCGUCGAUUGCCUCAAGGAUACCUAUUUUGGAACGCUACAAAGAUGCCUGCUGUCGCUGGAGGCGUCGUGCCGGUCGGAGCUGGGCGGGCGGCCGGCGAGCGAGGCGAUGCGGCAGCUGGUGUGCGCGGCGCGCGGCGUGGACCUCGCGCCGUGCGCCUCCUUCUCGCUGCUGCGGACGCUGCUCGACUCGCUCCGGAGGCUGCUGCACAGGUCUGUAUUGUAUGCCUGCUGUCGCGGGAGGCGUGCGUGCCGGUCGGAGCUGGGCGGGCGGCCGGCGAGCGAGGCGAUGCGGCAGCUGGUGUGCGCGGCGCGCGGCGUGGACCUCGCGCCGUGCGCCUCCUUCUCCGCUGCUGCGGACGCUGCUCGACUCGCUCCGGAGGCUGCUGCACAGGUCUGUAUUGUAUGCCUGCUGUCGCGGGAGGCGUCGUGCCGGUCGGAGCUGGGCGGGCGGCCGGCGAGCGAGGCGAUGCGGCAGCUGGUGUGCGCGGCGCGCGGCGUGGACCUCGCGCCGUGCGCCUCCUUCUCGCUGCUGCGGACGCUGCUCGACUCGCUCCGGAGGCUGCUGCACAGGUCUCUGGGCGGGCGGCCGGCGAGCGAGGCGAUGCGGCAGCUGGUGUGCGCGGCGCGCGGCGUGGACCUCGCGCCGUGCGCCUCCCUUCUCGCUGCUGCGGACGCUGCUCGACUCGCUCCGGAGGCUGCUGCACAGGUCUGUAUUGUAUGCCUGCUGUCGCGGGAGGCGUCGUGCCGGUCGGAGCUGGGCGGGCGGCCGGCGAGCGAGGCGAUGCGGCAGCUGGUGUGCGCGGCGCGCGGCGUGGACCUCGCGCCGUGCGCCUCCUCUCGCUGCUGCGGACGCUGCUCGACUCGCUCCGGAGGCUGCUGCACAGGUCUGUAUUGUAUGCCUGCUGUCGCGGGAGGCGUCGUGCCGGUCGGAGCUGGGCGGGCGGCCGGCGAGCGAGGCGAUGCGGCAGCUGGUGUGCGCGGCGCGCGGCGUGGACCUCGCGCCGUGCGCCUCCUUCUCGCUGCUGCGGACGCUGCUCGACUCGCUCCGGAGGCUGCUGCACAGGUCUGUAUUGUAUGCCUGCUGUCGCGGGAGGCGUCGUGCCGGUCGGAGCUGGGCGGGCGGCCGGCGAGCGAGGCGAUGCGGCAGCUGGUGUGCGCGGCGCGCGGCGUGGACCUCGCGCCGUGCGCCUCCUUCGCUGCUGCGGACGCUGCUCGACUCGCUCCGGAGGCUGCUGCACAGGUCUGUAUUGUAUGCCUGCUGUCGCGGGAGGCGUCGUGCCGGUCGGAGCUGGGCGGGCGGCCGGCGAGCGAGGCGAUGCGGCAGCUGGUGUGCGCGGCGCGCGGCGUGGACCUCGCGCCGUGCGCCUCCUUCUCGCUGCUGCGGACGCUGCUCGACUCGCUCCGGAGGCUGCUGCACAGGUUAAGGAUAGUAGGUGGGGAAGCGGAGGAGGCGUGCUGCGUGCUCAGUCCGGUGUGGAGGCGCCAGGUGGCGUUACACACGACGCAGUCGCUCAGCCCGCAGCGACUCGCCAGGGUUAUAUCCGCACAGAUCCUCGAGCGGCUGUCGGAGGCGCACGGGCGCUACCAGGCGGCGCUGUGGCGGCUGCAGGCGGCGGUGGGCGCGCGCCUGCUGCACACCGAGGACAACAAGCUGGCGCUGCGCAAGCACCACGCGCCUGCGCUCGCGCGCCUCUGUCUCGAGAGCACCUCGCUCGCCGACCUGCUGCAGCACGGCCACGGCGUGCCCGACCUGGGCAGGGAGAUCGGUCGCGGCCAGUACGGCGUGGUGUACUCGGUGCGCGGCGAGUGGGCCGGCAUGUCCCCGGUCGCGGUGAAGUCCGUGCUGCCCGCGGACGAGCGGCACUACCACGAGCUCGCCAUGGAGUUCUUCUAUACUAAGAGCAUCCCAGCGCACCCCCGAAUAGUCCGGCUAUACGGGUCCAUAGUGCAGCGUCACAGCGGCUCGGGCCCGAGCGUGUUGCUCGUCUCGGAGCGGAAGUGCCGCGACCUGCACGCCGCCGUCAGGGCGGGGCUCUCCUUCGCGGCCAGGAUGAGGAUCAGCUGCGAUAUUGUGGAGGGGAUCCGCUACCUGCACUCGCUGGGGCUGGUGCACCGCGACGUGAAGAUGAAGAACGUGCUGCUGGACGCGCGCGGGCGCGCCGCGCUGUCCGACCUGGGCUUCUGCGCCGCCGAGGCGCUCAUCUCCGGCUCCGUCGUGGGCACGCCCGUGCACAUGGCGCCCGAGCUCUUCGCCGGCGAGUACGACGCCGCCGUCGACGUCUACGCCUUCGGGAUCCUCUUCUGGUACGUGUGCGCCGGUAACAUAAGGCUACCGUCAGCGUUCGAAACGUUUCAGAACAAAGAACAGUUAUGGAGUAAAGUUAAAAGAGGAUUGCGGCCGGAACGUCCCCACUUCACAGACGAGUGCUGGGAGGUGAUGGAGUCGUGUUGGGCCUCCGAGCCAUCUCAACGAGCCCUCCUGGGCGAUGUCCAGCAGCUUGAGAGGAUACUGCAAGCAGCACUCGCGGAGGAACAAGAGAAGACACAAGUCUACGACGCAAACAGAGAGUACGAUUACUCAGACGAUGACAGUCUCUACAUGACCGGUAUCAACAAAAACUGCCUUUGAUUGAGCCCGUUAAGCCUGUUGAGUCCAAAAUCGUUUGAACGGCGAACGGGCCUUUCGAAAUAUCUGUGAUUUAUCGUGUGAUCUACAGUUUUUUUAUCGAUAAAGUGUCGAAGAUGAAGUCUCGGAAGUAUCGAUGAAACGAAUAUAUUUUUGAAAUCGAAUAAAUGGGUGUUUAUUAAUGCAAAGAACGGAUUUAACGACACUAUUUUAAAAUAAUUAUAAUUAUUUUAAUGUAUGAAGCAAGUGUUCAGUUUAGCUUGACGUUGAUCAUCCGUCAAGCCAAAUC